UCAAUAAAGUGAGAUUCUGUUCUUGAACCCAAUUUGACGGAGUCUGUGCAAUUGGGUAUUCGGGUCGACCCGUAAUACUCUUCCUCUCGGUCUCGGGCAAGACUUGUAGAACCUUAACUCACGAGUACUUUGUCUUUGUCUUUUGUCUUUUGCUUCGAGCUUAAUUUAGAUCAGUCUAGUUGAGCGAGAGAGAGAGAGAGAGAGAGAGAGAGAGAGAGAGAGAGGAAGGUGUUUAACGAAGAGAUUGUUUCUGAUUCAGAGUCCGAUCUUGUUUCUUCAUCUCCUGAUCUCCUUUUCGUCAGAACAAUGUUUUCAGGUGCAGUGAAACAGGAUUUAAAAGGUGUAUGUGUUUCUAAAGGAGGGCGGUUUCCGCCAUAUGAAUCAGAAGGAAAGCCUCCUAAAUCUGUUGGUAGAGGAUCCAAGGAUCUUACUCUGUGCCGGGUGUUUCGUAAAAGGACUUGUUGCUCUUCUGUUCAGACAAACCCGGCUUUCGUAGCUGUUAGAAACUUGGCUACUUAUGGAGAAGCUAGUCAAGAAUGCUUGCAGUUGUUCGAGUUAUUGGAGUGUUCAAUCUGUAACCCAAAUGUUGGAAUUCAACCGGGUCCUCCUCGCAUUUGCGCCUCGUUUUGUGACAGAGUCUUUGAAGCUUGCAAAGACGCAUACUUUGCCAGUAAUGCACUUACGCGGGUGAUUGGCCCUUGUGGAGUAAACGACAACAUCAUCUGCGUUAAGGCCUCAAAUUGGGAGUCCAAUGGCACAGCCUUUUGUGAAGCAGCUGGUUUUGCUGUCCAAACAAAUAGUGAUUCUAGAGAAAAACCAUGCUACGGAAGCAAAGCGAGUCUAGAAUCAGUUGUGGAGUCAUNGGUGGAAUCAUGGUCCAGAGACUCGAGAAAGGAGACGCCUUUGAAGACUGAGACUUUGUCAUGUUUUAAAGAUCUUCUCCAAUGGGUUCGUGAAAUGACGACGAUUCAGAAAAUUUCUUUGGGAAUGUCGUUUCUAGUAGCGGGAAUGUUCUUGAUCAGGUGCUUCAGGCAAUCUAAUAACCGUAAUCAGAAGCAGCGGCUAGCUGCGAUUCAGAGGACUGCUAGAAGAUUGGGUGGGAACACGAACGGGGAUUCAUAUAGUGCAGCUAUAAAUAGAAGAACAGUUCAAAGUUGACUUCUUUUCACCAAUGAACAAGCUCUGAUUAAGCUUAUGUAAGGAUAUAUAUUUUGUGGCAGUAGUUUGUAAAAGCCAGGAAUUAACUGUUAUCAAAGUCUUGUCUCAAGUGAAAUUUUGCCAAAUGCGUCAAGAACUGUGUUGUACUGUUCUGUCUUUUUAUACUGAUAAAAUUAGGGACAAGAAAAUCAAACCUUUGCCAA